UCUCGGAAAACAUCUAUGACGGCCCUAUUCCUGGGAACCGUGAGAGGUCGUUUCAGAGAGGUUUGACUGUAUCUUUAUUAAGUUUCACACCAAACAGUACAACAGGAAUCCCAGUGUUUCCUGUUGUGUCACAGAGAUGAUUCAAGUGUAUUUCAUUGGAUACUGUUGGUUUCUGUCGUAAACACACACUACGUAUCUUUAUUAAGUUUCAGCGGUUUCUGUUGGGAGAUAUUUGCCCACAAACAAAACAAAAAUCAGUGUAUUCUGUUGUGAACUAAUUUUGAACAGCAUGUGUUCGAUUUUGCUGUUUCCUGUUAUGAAACUGUUUGUUAGUUUCCGUUGUGUUUUAAUGUUUUCAUUGUAUCUGAUGGGUUUUGUUGGUUUCUGUUGUUUUCUGUAAGGCAACCUAUUAGUUUAUGCUGCAUUUGGGUGUUUUUUAUGUUUUGUUGUUUUUUGAUGCAAGCAGUUCUUUGGGGGUCUGUUGUUUUGUAGUUUUCUAGUUUUGUUCAUUGUACUGACGUGCCUGGCAAGACGCCGCCCCCUUCCCAACUCUCAUCUUUCUCUUCCGGCAUUUGAACCACCGCAGUUUGACGUCACCGAUCGAGGUAGGACGCGCCAGCACCCCGGGGACUUCAUCCGUUGCCAUCUCUGUUUUAGUAGCUCUGUUUCAUCUUUUCAUUAAUCCUAAUUGUUUUAUUAAUGUCCUCUGGGUCUGCCUCGGGUGGCAGACUGUUAAAAUAAUUAUUACUUGUUCUUAACCGAGACUUUGAAAUCUAAUCAGUAAAUCUUCAGUGCGGCCACUAGGGUGGCUCGCACACCACUUAAACCAAUCCGUGCCACAGAGUUUUGGAACCGUUUUUAUUGAGGCAUGUACGUGGGCGUGUGUUAAUUUGCCAGUGAGAAUAAAAGGUUUUUAGACAAACUAUGUUACUUUCUGGCCACGUACCGACCAGCCGCAGUUGUCAGGUGUGUGGGACGCCUUAAGAGCCCUCCGGAACAUUCUAUGCUUAUAGCGUGUCCGACGCUGAGAGCGGGCCAGGCCUUGGUAACGCUGGUAAUUGCAUGAGGAGGGUCCAAAUCUUGUUCUCCACACGAGACAUGUCACACCCUGAGAGUAGUCUCCGCCGGGUUCGUGUGCCCUUAACAUGGGGUGGUACCUACUUAACAUCUUUCUUAAUAGGACACAACCCUUGGAACUUGUGACAGUAUCAUGUUGGCAUUUUAUUCUGCUGUGAAACAUUGUUGUUUUCUAGUGUUUUCCAAAACAGAAACAAAUAAAAACAAACUCAAUAGUAUGACUUACAAAAAUAACUAAAUACAAUAAAAAACACUAGAAUGUAAAAAAACUUAAAACAAAGCAGUGCUUCAGAAAAUAAACAGAAAACAAUGGAAAACACUAGAAACAACAGUAACCAACGGCCUUACAACAGAUAAAAAACAGAAAACAAUAAGGAAAACUAAAAAACAUAUCCCAACAAAGUGACUUACAACAGAAAUCAACAAAAAAACCAACUGAAUUAAAUGAAAAACACUAGAAAAAUGACAAAAUAGUGCAAAGCAACAGAAAAAAACAGAAUACAAUGAAUCACUCAUAUACAAUAUAACUAUUAUAACAAUAACUACAGAAAAUAUCAAACACCAACAGAAAAUGAUGGCAAACACUAGAAAACAUCAGAGUGCCUUACAAAACAACAGAAACAAAACAACCAACAGAAUUAAUGAAAAAAACUAGAAAACAAUAAACCCCAAAAGAAUGCCUUGCAACAUAAAACAACAGAAGAAAAAACCCACUUAAAUACAACAUAAACUUAAAGAAUACAUUACAACAGAAACAAACAGAAAACAAUGAAUAACACUAGAGAGAAACAGACCCCAACAGAGGUUUUUACAACAGAAACCAACUCAAUAAAAUGGAAAAUCCUAGAAAACAACAGAAACCAGCAGAAAUAGGCCAAUUCCCACAUUGAAUACAAUAGAAAAUCUUUUUGUUUUCUAUUUUAUUUUGUUGGUUUCUUUUGUAAAUUCUUGGUAGGUUUGGUAGGCAAGACAAAUCAGCCACCCACAAUAAAAUAUAUAAUAUAACGUUUCCAAGGACAAAAAUAAUUUCAUUUGGUUUACAAAAUUCAGUUAAUCUGAGAGUGAAUUGUAAGAAAUAUCCCUUAUAUUAAUAUAAAUUGCAGUUAUGUUGUUAAUUUUACUGAACCUUUUUUGAUAGUUUGCUUUUCUUGAUCAUACUCAUAAUAGUGAUAAUACAACAAAAUAUUUGCUUUAAUAUGUUCAAAAAUAAUUAUAAAUGCAUUAAAUUUUUAAGUUUCAUUAUCAUAACCCAUUUAAUUUAUGACAACAGUGUUUACUAUGCAUUUACUGUUAUAUGAUUAAUUUUAUCAAUCAUUAACAUGCAAUCAAUGGAAGCUCCUCGAAAUACAUACAGCAUAAUAGAGCAUAAUUAUGCUGUCUUCUAUUUGAAAUUUCAACCCACUUAGUGGCUGAUGUUGCAGGCCCCUUCCCACCAUAAUUUUAAUUUAUAGACUAUUAAAAUUAUUAUAUCACAUUUAAGUCACAGGCAAAAUGUAUUUAUUUUAAUAUUUUUAGUAGUGGUGCACCGAUAUGACUUUACCGAUUACCGAUUCAAUUACCGAUUAUGAGAGCAAUAAUCGGCAGAUACCGAUUCAGUUACCGAUUAUAAUGAACAAAUUUUUUUAAGUGUAAUAAUGCACACAAAAAUUUUUAUUCCCAUGUGAAUUUAAUUACAAGAGUAGGUAAAAUUGAGAAUACAGUUAUAAUAACAUAUAAAAAUAUAUAAAAUACACUAUUAAGUCAUUGCAAAGUGUAAAUUAACCCAUUCGUGCACAGAUCGGUCUGUCAGCCGUCGCAUUCCUAAAUGACCUUCGUGCACGAGUCGGUCUGACAGACGUCCAAAAUCCAUAGCAUUUUUAAACUUUUUUUACAAAUUUAGUUCCUCGAUUUUUCACUAGAAUGCGUGUUUACUCUCUUUCCUAAGUAUUAUUCUUUGCUUUGGUGGUUAAGUCUUAUUCUAAUCUUUGCUGUAAACAAAUAUAUUUGUUUUUAUUCACGCACGUGUUUUUGUUAUGACAUUUGGUGACACGUGACAAUGUGUUCAAAACGUAAGCGGAUUUUUGAUGACAGCAAUGCGGUGGAUGAAAGAGAUUCUGAUGUUGUGGAAAUGUCAGAUAAUAGUGAUAGUGACAGUGGAAGUAGUUAUUCUUCAUCAGUGAACAUUUCUGAAUUAGAAGAGUGCGGCCAAGGCGACAAUCUGUCAAAAUCUGACACAUCUGCGCCUAUCGGUUCUCGCGAAUGGUCCAACGAAAAAGGUAAUAAAAUUAUAACUAAAAUACCAUUUCACAGUAAUGUUGGUGUAAAUCCAGUGGCUUUACUCACCCACAAUUUUCCACCAAACCCUACAAAAUUAGACUGUUUUCGGUUAGUGUUUGAUCAUGAUUUGUGGCAGUCAAUCUGCACUGAAACCAAUGACUAUGCCACACAGUGCAUUGCAGUAAAACCAAAUUCUAAUUGGUUUCCCACCACUUGUGACGAAAUACAAGCAUACUUCACUUUGUGUGUUAUGAUGGCACAAGCAAAAAAACACAGCAUUCGUUCAUAUUGGAGUGGCAAAGGUAUGACUCGUACACCAGGCAUUCGUGAAGUUAUGUCUUUGAAGAGGUUUCUGGACAUCUCCAGGUAUCUUCACUUCCAAAACAACAAUGCUCUGAACAAACAUGAUCGUUUGUGUAAAAUAGCACCAGUGCUAGAUUAUUUCAGGAAAAAAUUUCCUGAGCUAAAUUGUCCAGGGGAAAACCUUUCAUUGGACGAGUCCCUGAUGAAGUUUCGAGGCCGUUUGUGUUUUGUACAAUAUAACCCUUCAAAGCGAGCUAGGUUUGGAAUAAAAAUAUACAAACUUUGUGACUCGAAAACUGGGUACUGUUUUUCCUUUUCUAUUUACACAGGGAAAACAGAAGGCAAACAAGCUACACUAGCCAGUGAAGCUAUUGUAAUGAAGCUAAUGGAGCCAUAUCAAGGGGUUGGUCACACACUGUUUGUGGAUAACUGGUACAGUUCGCCAAAACUUUUUGAAGAGUUACAUAAUCAUGGAACUAAUGCUGUUGGCACUGUUAGGCAUAACAGAAAUAACAUGCCUAAAGAUACUGAAUUCAAACAGAAGUUGCACAGAGGGGAAAGUAUGAUCAGGUACAGUGAAAGUAUGAGCGUUGUAAAGUGGAUGGACAAAAAACCAGUGUUAGUGUUGUCUACAUGCAAUAGUGAAAUUGACUAUGCUAUGACAAAAAAGGUAGACAGGAAAACAAAGAUGGCUGUCAUGAAGCCGAGAGUUGUAAUCAACUACAAUACUUGGAUGGGAGGUGUAGAUAAGCAGGACCAACAGUUAGCAUCCUUUCCCAACAUGCGGCGGUAUGUAAAAGGUUACAAAAAAGUUUUCUUUUAUGUAAUGGACAUGGCACUUUACAACACAUAUUUGCUGUGGAUGUCAGUUACUGGAAAAAAGGCCAAGUACAGUGCAUUCAGAAUUGAUGUCAUGGAAGAACUGAUGGCAUCACUGACAUUGCCACACUAUCAACGGCGGGGACGCAGAUCUGCGGGUGACACUCCAAUGAGGCUUCAAGCUGCUCACUGGGCUCAUUUCCCAAGAUUCAUUCCACCGAAUCCUGGCAAGCAAAACCCAUCCAGACGUUGUGUUGUGUGCAGUGCUCAUAAUAAAAGGAGCGAAACACGGUGGGAAUGCAAGCGCUGUGUGGUUGCGCUUCACGUGCCAGAAUAUUUUGAGAUUUAUCAUACAAAAACCAAUUAUUGAAUCUUAAUUAUGGUUUGAUAUGUUUAUUUAAUCAAUGCACAGUUCUGUAAUAAGUGGUUCUUAAAAUAAAUUUUAAUAUGUUGUAAUCGAAACUAUUUUUAACCAGUAAUUUUUCUCAUGAUAAUUUUUGUGAUUUUGGACUAAAUUAAUUGGUGUAAAAGGGCCGCGUUUGUAGUGAAAAAUAAAGUGAGCGAAUGGGUUAAAUUAACUUCUAUUUAUAUUUAAUAUUGUAAACAACUUGAACUACAGUCUAAUAAUUGUAAUUUACAAUGGGUAAGUUUUUGUUUCGGAAACUAGCAUUAUUAUCGACUAUCACAUAAGGUUGCAUCGAGAAAUUACCGUUUAACAAUGUAAACAUGUUGCUAUAUUUUGUUCACUUGAGUUUAUAGAAAAAUGUUUCCACACUUCACUUUUUUUCUCCCUAGUCGCCAUCUCACUAUAAUUAUAUAAAAAUGACUCAAAACCAAUUCUAGCACAUGCGAUUUUAUUAAUGUUGACUGAAUGUAUAAAAUUAUAAAUACUUUUUCACUUUUCACGUCACAUACAAAUAACACAACGGAUAAUGUUACCGAAGACGCCCAUAACGAGUUUGUAAAACGCAGUGUAAACUCUGAAAGAUAUCGGGACCACGAUUUUGAACCGCUACUACGGCUCGAAAAGAUCGAUUCUCAUAGAAUCCACUGCAACUGCUUGUGGUAUUUUGAUUGCGUGCCAUCUAUUUUACGUCUCUGGCUAUAGGUAAUCUACAAGGCCACUAAACAAAAGACAGAACAAAAGACGAAACGUAAAUAAACGUGUAGGAAAAAUGUAUUUUUUAUUGUUAGAGGCAAUGAGAUUUAUUAAACUUAACGAAAUAUCUGUAAUCUUGAUAUGACGGAGUUAGAUGAAUUUGGUAAUAUAUACAAAUAUUACCGUAUUUCGUCCUAAAAUGUGUAACAAAAUAUUACACGGUAAAAACCUACUUAAUUACGCCGGGACGUAGAUAAUCAGCAAAGUAAUCGUUAAGAUAAUCGCAUAUUACGAUUAAUCGACUUCGAUGGCAUCUUUACCGACUUUAAUGUCGAACUCGAUGGAGGAUGUACCAUCGACUACGGGAACCAUGACGUCAGCGCCGACGAUGUUGGAGCAGAUCCCGUUGGCAACGCCUCUGACAACACUGGAGGAGACUUCGAUAUGUGCUGUUCCACCAUCAGCUGAAGUUUCAUCAGCAUUGAAUACUUCAAUUAAUGAAGAGCGUACUUCGCAUCAGUGCAAAUACUGUGGCGCAUCAUUUACUAUCACCUCAAAUGCUCGCAGACAUGAAAGAAGCGAUUGUUCUAAGAAUACAAUUUCAUUGCAAUAAGUAAAAUAAACUAAUUUCACGUCUCAAUAGCUUACAACGUCAUUAUAAAAAAUGCUCCGAGACGUAUAAUGAACAUGGUUAUUGAUUUGACUCAUAUGUUGUACCGGCUAAUGAGACUAUAUAAGUGAUAUGAACUUCAGUCCAUCUCUGGCUGCGGUGAUGAACGGAUCGGAUAGACAUUAAAAGUCAUGUAAAAGGCUUAGUCCAUACAAUAAGAAGACUGUUUGAAUCGAGGAAUCCAAAAGGCUUUAGUAAUUUGUCAGUGUUUUUUUUUGUACUUGUAGUAGUGUAUUCAAUUUAUGUAAUAAAAUUUUUUAAAAGAA